UAGGCACGCGGCACUCGACACGCUGUAUGGGAGCUUGCAUCGCCACGGCCAUGUGAUUGGCGCGAGUCUCUGGCACGUCAUCUUCAAGACGCUUCUGAUCCCGCUCAUGGAGCACAUCCGGCGCAUCGAGACGCACUCGUCGUCGGUCUUUAACCGCAAGACGUCCAAGAAGGCGCUGCUGGCGCUCGUGCAUUUGUAUGGGUCGUACUUCAAGGUCGUCGCCCACGUGCCCGAGAUCGUGCACCUUCUCGCGCACUGGCUCACGGACGAGCCCGAAGAGCAGCUUGCGUGCGCGGCAGCGAUCGCACUCGAACACCUCUUGCUCGAGCACGGACACCAAUUUGACGACGAGAUUUGGGACAGCCUCACGUUUUCACUCACGUCGAUCGCCAAUCAUUUGGUCCCGCACUGGCUCUUUCCGCCGCCGCCCGUCGCUGCUGAGACGACGACGCCACCUGCCGAGGCAGCCAUGUACCCAAGCGUGCGCGCGGCCUUGUUUCCGACGACGUGGACCAUCACCAAGGCGCCGCCGCUCACGCACAUGCUGGUGCUCCUCGAGCUCCAGCGCAUCCUCGGCAACGUCCUCGUGCACAUGGCGUCGCUGCCACGCCCGUGUUUCGAGUCGCUCUUGGCCUGUCUUCUCGACACGUGUGUGGUCGCCCGCCGCGUCAACGACGACGUGGACGUGCGCCAGGCGCUGUAUGCACUCGAGUGGCGCUACGGCAGCCUCGCGUCGGGCGAACUCCCGCAUUUGCUGUCGCAAGAGAUUGCAGGGACGCGUGAGUACUUGAAAGUGCUCGUGCACAAUUUGGACGCGAUGCGCGGGCCGUUUGCGCAGCUCGUGCAGCGCACGUUGGCCGAGUACUUGGCGUGGAGCCUCGAGAAGCCCGAGCCGACGUGGCUCAGCGUGGACCAGCACCAGCGGUCGUUUGGGUACGUCCCGCUCGUCGUCGACAUGCUGCAGACGAUGGCGACCUUUUCCGAAGACGAGAUGCUGCGCCACUUGCCGUGGCUCUACCCGCAGCUCAUCGAGCUCAUCAGCGUGCAAAGCCUCGAUGUCCGUCGGGCGCUCCGGGGCGUCUUUGGUUCGAGCAUCCAGCUGCUUUUGCCACUGCACAGAUAG